AUGAUCACAUAAUUAACCAUUCUUGCUGGGAUUAUGUAAUUUAAUAGCUGAUAUAUUAAUUAGCUCUGUUCUAUAUGCUGGAUGCACUCAAGCAAUAAUGAAUCUUUAUAAAUCGAAUCAAAAUUAUUAACAAAUCUCGGAUGAAUUUGAUUUCCAACAAGAAGUGUCAUUCUCCUUUUGGUUUAAGUAUGAACCCAAAUCAAAAAUUUAAACCUAAUAUUUUUAUGGUAGCUCAACCCAAACUCAAUAAGUUGUGUCUGGGUCAUUACUAUUUAGACUUUAUGAUGAAUAGGCAAAAUUGUUCCGAAUAUUUUCAUAUUUCGAUAUCAAUAAUUAGAAUCUAUAAACAAUGAUAAUUAAUGUUGAUGAAAAUAUUUCUUCAACUGAAACUUUUAAUUUAAAUUUUUUAGAUGGAAUUUGGCAAUACAAAUUCUAUAAAAUAACAACGGAUGGGAAAAUAUAACAUUUUAUCUAUAAUUAUAUCGAUGACACCUAUACCAUAAUAGAAGAUAAAUUUCAUAUUGCAUAAACAAAGAUUUUAUUAAGCAUCGGAGGUUAUGGAUAUGUAUUUUUUGAAUUUAAUUUAAGUUUUCAGAUUAUUAUUAAAAUUUAUACUUCAAUGCCUUCCCUGGAUUAAUUUCAUCCUUAAAUGUAAAUCUAGGUCCCUUAGACAUAAGUAUUCCUUAAUUUAAAGAAAAUCUAAAAUCAUGUAUUUAAAGUGUUCUAACUUGUACUCCUAUAAAAUAAACAUUAAUUAGUGGGAUUUAGACAUCUUAAACCUAGAUUUUAAAAAGUAAUUUUUAAUUAGAAAAUACAUUUGAAUUUAAAGGUUGGUAUAAACUGUCAAUCAAUAAUGUAUAUAUAAUAAUUAAUACAUUUAGGUUAAUAAAAUUUAUCAUUUGUUACAAAUCCGAGAUUAAAACAUAACAACAUUUAAUAUAAUUGAUUCAAGAGAUUUACUUUUAGAUUUGAGAUAUGUAGUUGAUUAAUAAAAUGUUGAAAUAUAAUUGACAGUCUAAUCAUAUGAAUAGCAACUAUAUUAUUCUAAGAAUGAAUAAGUAAAAGUAGCCUCUACUGUUAUACUUGUAUCUUAAUGGCAUUUUAUUACAAUAAUGUAUGAUAGAGAAUAAAAUGAAAAAACUGGAAUUGAUAUUUAGUUUCCUAAUGAGGCUUUAAUAGAAUUAAGAUACUUGAAUCCUAUAUUAUUUUUCACUGGAUCAGAUUUAUACUUUUAUUUAGGAUCUAAUAAUAUAUUAUUAUAAUAUUUUUCAGGAUAAUUAGGAGAACUAACAAUUAAUUCUUGUAUACAAAGACCAUAUAGUUUUAAAUUAUGUAAAAUAUAUUGAUUGAUAAUUUAUUUUAGAAUGUGACACUACUUGUAAAACUUGUGAUGGACCAACAUAAUACUAUUGUAAAGAAUGUGAUGAUAAUGAUAAUCGUAUAAGUUCUAAUAAAUAAUGUCUUUGUAAAGAUAAUUAUUUUUCUUUUUAAAAGAAAUGUCUUUGUAAUUCAAUUAUAAAUAAUUAGAAAUUUCAACCAAUACAUUUUUUUAAAUCUAAGAAAUAAAAUAAGAUUAAACUCAAUGUUACUUUGGAUAAUUUUUAGUAAAUUACAUAGAUUAAAUUUAUUGUAUAGACUGGUAACUUAAUCAUUUAAUAAUAGUCCUUUUUCUCAAAUUGGAACUACAUUACUUUGUGGAGAUUGUUUCGAAAAUUAAUAAAAUUGGUAAUAUAAUAUGAAAUGCACAUAUAAUUAUGAAUUGAAUGAUCCUAAUAAUGUAGACUCAACUUUUAAAAAAGUAGAAUAAGAUCCAUAGUUAUAUAUUGUAGAUAUCAAUUCAGGUUCAAUUAAUAAUUGUAUAGGAUGUAAGGAAAUAUGUAAUGAUGAUGACUGUAAAACUUAUAAAUAUACUAAUUUUGGUUAAUUGAUUAAAGUGAGAUGCAAACCAAGUAAUCUAUAUAUGCAUAAUUAAUAUAGAUUACUAUUAUAAAGAUGGAGAAUGUACUUUAUGUGAUCAAUUCUGUAGUAUCUGUUCAAAUCAGGUUUGCACUUAAUGUUAAUCUAAUUACUAUUUCAAUUCUAUCCUUUAAAAAUGUUUAUUAUAAAUUUAUACAACUAAAUAAUGUGGAUUUAAUUGUCUUGAAUGUAUCUAUUACCAAAAUAGUAACAGAUGUUUAAAAUGUAAAGACUAAUAUAAAAUAUCUGAUGAUGGAUAAAAUUGUGAAAGUUAUGAAAUACCUAAUUGCCUUAAUGAACAUAACAAGAAACAACUUAAAUCAACAAUACCAUACUUAUUUGAUCCAUUAACCUAAUAUAUAACUUAACCUUUUUGUAGUUUUUGUUCUCAAGGUUAUAAUAAUUAUGAUACAAUUAAUAAUUAAUGUAAUAUUGAAACUAUGCCUACUUCUUGUAGUUUUUAAAUUGAUAAUACUCAUUGUAUAUUAGGUUCAGAUUCAACAAUAAUUACAACUUAAUGUAACUCUCCCUGCACUCUCUGUAUUAAAGAUAAUGCUGAAUUUAUUCAAGAAUAUUGUGUUUAAUGUUAGGUUGGUUAUUAUAUUGAUUUGUUAACUGGAACUUGUAAGGUUUGUCCAUCUAAUUGUAAAAAUUGCUAAUAUAAUUUAUUACCUUAGAACAAUGAUAGAAUUUCUAUAUCUUUAAUUACCUUCUAUUAAUAAGGAUUAUUAAAGUAAUAUUUGGAUUCAUUACUACAAAUACCAUAAAAUUUAUUUGAAUUAAUAUGUAAAGAUUGUCAAGAUGGAUAUGUAACUCAUAAUGAUAAUUGUAUAAAUGAAUGUCCAUAAAAUUGUUAAUAAUGUGAAGUAAUUAAUAAUUAGAAUGUAUGUAUUUAAUGUAUAACUAUUACUUAAAAAAAUCUGGGUGAUAAAUGUUUAGAAUGUCCUGCUAAUUGUUUAGCAUGUUCUGAAAGGAGUCAAGAUGAGAUCUUUAAAAUAAAUCCUUUGUUUGAUUAAUCAAUAUCCACUUUUAAUAAACAUUCAAAUAAAUGUUACAGACCUAUCUAAACUAAACCAAUAAUAUCUAAUCAAAUUGCAUUAGAUUGUAAGACUUAUGAAAAUUGUUAAAAGAGUUUUAGCAUUUAAAUUAAUGUUUAUUGUUAGAAGGAAUAAUUUGGUGAAGAAAGUUAAAGUGCUACCGAAGAUUAUUCUAUUUACAAUUAUUAUUUGGAAGAUUUUAUAAAUAAAUUUGAAUUAAACUUCUUGAAUUAAUAAUUUUUAGAAUAAUUGAAUUAAUAUCUAAUUUAAUUAAUAUCAUUAGAUAUUAAAUUAAUAUCAAAUAAUUAAGGAUGUUCUUUUGAUGAUACAAAUUUUAUUUUCAAUUAAUAAUUUGUUAAAUAUAUAUUUAAUCUCAAGAAAGUGAAUAUUAAAUUUUAUUCAGAUAAUUUAUUGUAGCUCUAUAUACCUGAUUUAUGGCAAUUGUAAAAUUAUACAACUAUAGUUUUUUAAAAUAUUAUAUUUUUCGGAAAUAACAAAAUUCAAAUAAUAGAUGCGACCUCUUAUUAUUCAGAAUUCCAAAUUCAAAUCAUAGAUUGUUAAUAUACAUCUUUAAAUGAUGCAUAAGGGAUUAAUGCAUUUUCAUUUAAAGUAUAAAAUAUUUAAUCUAUUAUCAUAUAAAAUUUUAAGAUGCUUCAUGUUAAGCUAUUUGAUUAUGGUCUAUUUAAUAUUUAAGUUUUUACAUCAUCUUUUAGUUUAGAAGUCAAUUAAUUACAAAUAUAAGAUACAACUUUAUAAAAUUUAACUCUCUUUGAAAUUUAAAAUCCAUAAAAUUUAAAUUUGAAUAUAAUGCUUUAAAAUAUUGAAAUCAAGGCUAUAUUUUAUAAUUCAUCCAUUAUUAUAACUAACAAAUAGAGUAAAAAUAUGGGAUUACUUAACUUAUUGAAAUUCAGUUUAGUUAAUAGUUAUUUAUAUGGAUCCCACUAUUUGUUUAAUUUAAAGACUUAAACUACAAAUUUAGUUGAUUUUCUUUUAGAUUCAAAUACAUUUUAUAAUGAAACUUCUUUUAUGUAUUCCUAAGGAUUUAAUUUAUAAAAUGUUAAGAUAACAAAAAAUAUUAUCUAUUUUGGCAUAUUAUUUACAAAUUAUGAUGAGAAUUAUAUUUAAAUUCCCUAAGCUUUAUUAAUGACGUGGAAAUAAAUUUAUUUUGAAUAAAUCACCUAUUAUAAUUAUAAUUAAUUUAUAAUUAUAAGAAACAAUUCAAAUACAGAAAUUAUUGUUGAAGAUUUUUAAAUGAUAGAAAAUAUUUUAAUUAAAGAUUCUUUAAAGAAAAACAAUUAUUAAAAAUCUCUUGUUCAUUUAGAAGGCAAUAAAUUAAAUAUUAAUAACUUAAAAAUAGUAAAAUAGACAGGUAUCAUAGAAUUGUUUUUAUAAUUUAAUUCAAUAGAAAUAAGAUAGGGUGUAUUAAAAUAAUAAGAUGGUUCUUAAAUAAUUAUUUAGCCUUCUUUAUCUUGUUUAAAUAACUUUUAUGAUCUACAAUUAUAUACACCUAUUAUUGAAAUAUAAAAUUCUUAAUUAAUAUUGAUUGAUAGUUUAUAAAUUUCAGGUUUAAGUGUAGUUAAUAAUUAUAUGAUAGGAAUAGAAGAGAAUGAUGGUAAUAAGAUCACAGUUAUGAUUUAAAAUAGUUAAUUUUCUGAUAAUUAUAUUUUAAUUGAAUCCUCUUAAGUAAAUUCAGGUAUAAUCAAAUUUAUUUCAAAAUCUGAAUCUAAAAUUACAUUUUAAUUUUGUUAAAUAAUUAACAAUAUUUUGUAUUCAUAUAAUUCUGAUUAGAAUUCAUUGUUAGGUACAGUAUUAAUGAUUUCUAAUCUUUAUGGUUCAAUUGUAAUUAAUAAUAAUUAAUUUAUCAAUAAUUAAGCAAUAAAUACAACAUUUUCAAUUUCAUAUUUUUAUGGAUCUUAAAUAACUGUGAAAGAUAAUUAUUAUAAAAAUAAUAACUUUGAUAAUCUAGAACUGAUUUAUAAUAAAAUAAGUGAUUCAUUUGCAGAAGAAGUAUAUAUUGAGUAGAUCAAGGAAAUAUAUAAAAUAAUAUCAAAUGGAGGAAAUGGAUUUUAUAAAGGAGAUAAUAUAUUAAUAUAAAAUUGUAUUUUUGAUUCAUCAACAGCUUUAUUUGGAGGUGGAUUAUUUAUUUAAACAAUUAAUAAAGGGAGAAUAAAUAUUAAUAAUUGUUAAUUUAUAAAUUUGAAAACUGAUUUAUCUGCAAAUUUAGAAGGAAAAGGAGGUGCAUUAUGGAUUGAUGGAACAUUUGGUGAAAUUUAAAUGAAUUUAAAUGAUUGUACAUUUGAAAAAAUAAUGGCUAAAGUUUUUGGAGGAGCAAUUUAUAUUGAAGCUUCAUAGAAAUUCAAUAAUUUUGAAAUCUAUAAUCUUAAACUUAAUAAUGUUAUGUCUCUAAUGGGUUCCUUUUUUUAUGUUACAUUUGGGGAUGUAGACAAUUCAAAUUUACAUGUAAAUAAUAUUGUUUGGACAAUUGACUCAAAUGUUAUUAAGGAAUAUUUUGGUGAAUUUAAAGGAUUUAAAUCAGAUUAUAGUAUGUAAAUAAAGUAAAGAGGAAUGUUAGUAGUAACAUAGAAUGGAAAUAUCAAAUUAGAAAAUUUUAAAAUAUUUUCUACUUAUUAUUUUGGUCUUAUUUCUUUGAUUGACUGUUUCCAUUGUGCAGUUCAUAAUAUUUUGGUUUAUUAACCAUAGAGAAUGUAUUAUAAUGCAUUUUAUUUUGGUAAUAAUAAUUUAAUUACUUAAUCCUACAUCAUUCUGAAUUAAAUUUAUUUUGAUACUCUGACUGUCUAUCCUUAUUCAUCUACUACUUAUUGUUAGAGAGCUAUGGAUAUAAAAAUUGCAUCAGCACAAGUAAAUUGUAAUCAGAAACAGUUUUUGAGAAGAGGGAUAUAGUCUGGAAUAUCUGACUCUGACUUUGAAAAUAAUGCAGAUUGCAAUUUAAAUUUAUUGCUUUCAUACUCAUUAAGUUCAGUAGGAGUAAGUGUAAUGGAUAUAUUUCAAGGAUAUCGAUUAGAUGGAAAUAAGUAGUCUCAGAUUUAAUAAAUAAAGAGUAUAACCAUACUUUCAAGUAUCUAUGAUUUUUUGGAUUUCACUUUUGAUUUAACAAUAUCUUUAAAUCCAUUAAAUAAUAAGACUUUACAUUUAAGUAAUAUAUUUUCUGUUGAAAAUUCUGGGUAUGAAUACAUGAGAAUUAUGGAUAUACCUGAAAAAUAGCGUUUACUUUAAUAAAGCAGUUAAAGAAAUUCUAUAAUUUAUCCAAUCUAUAUAGAAAAUUUUGUAAAUCAUCUAGGAAAUUUUUGGAUAUAUUCAGGUUUUGUCAUAUAAAAUUAUCAGGCUAUGUUCAAUAAUUAUAUCCUUACUAAUAAUAGUUAAAUGCAAUCUUAUUUAUUAGAUUGUAAUAAUAAUUUUGGGAAUUCUCAUUUUUACUUUAAUAUGUUAGUUACUGACAAUACCUUAUAAGAGGUUAAUCUAUCAAAUCCUCUUAGAAUUAGUGUGAAUCCCUACACACCUGAAUUAAUAAAGAGCAAUACAAUUAUCUUAUAUAAUUAUAGAAAAGAUUAUUCAACAUUAACAAAUAUAGCUGAAUUUAGAGCAAAAAGAUUGGCUUUUAAGUAUGAUGGUAUUAAAUAUCUGAGAUCAGUUGAAAAAUUUAGAAAUGAUACAAAGAUUAUUGAUGAAAUUUAUGUAAAACCAUAUAAAGCACCAGGUUUAGAAAAUUUAACAAAAUAUUUAAUGUUACCUAGUGGAUAAAGUUAUGAAAAUUAUUCUUAUUUUGAUAAAGUAACAGAAACAUUUAUACCUUUAAAUAUAAAUAUGUCAAUUACAUUAUUGAAUUCUUAAAUGGAAAAAAUGAUUUUGUAUUCUGGAGUCAUUUAUAAUUUAACUGUAAAAUAUAGAAUAAUGAAUGAAUCAAAUCCAAUAGAAAAUACAUCAUUUACUGAUCUUUUAACAAUAAAAGUUACAGAUCUUUCUAAAAAUGAGAAAUUCAUUAAUGAAUUAAUUUUAGAUUUUGAUCCUUAUUCAGAUCCAUCACUUUAUUAUUAAUUAUCAUUUUCUUGUAAUUUUGUAUCUAUAAUGAAAUACUCAGAUUCACAUCCUUAUAAAGUAGAAGGUACAAUAACAGAUUAUGAAUUAAGAGUGAAUGUAAGAACGUAUAAAUGUUAAGUAGGAGAAUAUAUGUAUUUAAAUUAAUGUAGAUAAUGCGAUGCAACAUAAAAUUAUUUUUAGGUUUUAGAAAGAUAAUCUUUUUGUUAUUUUAAAGAUGAUGUAAGCACAAUUCAAGUUUAGAGAUAUACUGUAUAAAUGAAACCUCAUUUUUGGAGAUAUAUAUUCAAUAGUACUAAAAUAGAAUAUUGUUAUCAUUUAACAACUAAUUGUUUAGGAGGAUGGAAAUAUGGUGAUCAAACAUGUAUUCAAGGUCAUAUUGGAGCUUUAUGUGAAUAAUGUGAUCUUUAUAAUACAAGAGGAGAUGGAUCAUAUUCUAUAAGUUCAUAAUAUAAUUGUGGAAGUUGUGAGGAUGUAAAAUGGAAUAUUAUUAUUAUUGUUAUUAUUGCACUCUUGUAUAUUAAUUAAAAUAUUUUAUAGCACUUUAACUUUGGGUAUUAUUACUGUUAAAAGUAAUGCAGAUGAUACAGAUUCAUUCAAUUUAUAAGUUAAAGCACUUGCUGCCUUUGGUGUUCCUACUAGUAUUAGAAUUAUGUCUACUAUUUUAAUUAAACUAUUAACUAACUAUGCCUAGAUUAUUUCCAGUAUAUUCACUUUUUAACUUACAUUACCACCUGAAAUUUAACAAUCAACUAAUAGUGUUGGUAAUCCUACUCAAAGUAUGGUAUAUUCUUUAGAUUGUUUUUUGAUCAAUUUGUCAGAUAUGACAAUUAUGUACUUGGAAUUUAUUUGGAUGUUAUCAACACCCUUUUUUUUCAUUUUUAUCAUCUAUUUUAUCUAUUUUAUUUUAAUUUUGCUUAAAUUAACUAAAUUUAAUAUUGGAGUCAUUAGUACAACCCUUAUUUACUUUUAUAUAUACAUGUAACCUAACUUAAUAUAGACGUAUAUUUAAUUAUAUAAUAUAAAUAGUAUGAUAUCCCAUUUGAGUAGAAGAUCAAUAUCUGGUGUAGAAUUUGUCUAAGGAAAUGUAGCUUAUUUAUUUUAAUCCAAUACUCAUCAACAAUGGUUAGUAUUUGUUAUAGUUCCUGUUCUCAUAAUCAUUGGACUUGCAAUCCCUCUUACUUUAUGGUAUCAAGUAUUUAAGAAUUACAAGUAAGGUAAACUUAAAGAUGUCAAAGUAAGAAAUACAUGGGGUUUUUUAUAUAAUGAAUACAAAAUAAAUGCUUAUUAUUGGGAAACUAUUAAAUUAAUAUAAAAAUAAACAAUAAUCAUAGCUCUCAACUAUUAUGAAGAUUAAGUAAGUAUCAAAGCAUCAUUAAUACUAUUAAUUGUAUUUAUAUACCACGUUCUUAGUAAUAAAAUAAAUCCAUACUCUGUUCUUAAAUUGAAUAGAUUAGAUACUUAUUGUACUGUUGUCUGUUCUAUAUCUAUCAUAUUGUGUUCAACAAUAUAUUCUGCAUAAGUUGGAGGUUAAUAUGAAAUUGUGUGGCCUUUCUAUAUAAUUACAGCUGCAAUAAACAUCUUAUACAUUUUAGAACUAGUCAUUGAAAUCAUAUUUUCUUAUUUAGCUUAAUAUUAGGAAUUAUUUGAUAAAGUCAAAACAUUUAUCAGAAAUAAAUGUCCUUAUCUUGUUGAUAACUAUCCAUGUUUUUAGAAACUAUUAAUCACAAAAUAAGAAAAAUAAAAGAAGGUUAGAGAGAUUUGGAAGAAAAUUAAGUUACCUAUAAUGAAAAAAGCAGCAAGAGUUAUUAAAGCAAAAGAGUAAUAUAAAAUUUUAUUUUUAGAUUUACAGAAAAUCCUUCACCAGAAUCUUACUAUAAAAGACGGGGAGGAAUCUCUAGUCCUAGUCCUAUGUUUUCAUAUAGAGGUGAUGGAAUCAAGGGAGAUAUGAUUGAUUCUUAAUCCUAAUUGAAUAGUUCGAUGCAAAGGAGAUAAAAUAUGAGUAAUCCCACUAUCAGAUUGGUUGAAACUCUCUAUUAGCCAAGAAAUGAAGAAGAAAAAUUAGACCCUUAAACUUAAAGAGAUGAAUUCCAAGUUGCAGAGGAUCCAUUAAGUCCUCGAAUAGUUUAUCUCAGUUUCAACCCAAGAACAAGAAGCGUACUUAGAGAAUGA